CAAUCCCGGCAUACACCGCGCCUCAUUAGCAUAACACACUCCGGUGUCUACAAGAGCCGAGCGAACACAGGCAGCUCCCGAGAGCCACGACCGCGUCUGAAUCCAGCAGAGUAUCCCCGCACCGCUGCAAACAUGAGCGACAGCGAGAAACUGGACAAGCAGCGGCUGAAGAACUUCAAGAAUAAAGGGCGCGAUCUCGAGACGAUGAGAAGGCAGCGGACGGAGGUGGUGGUGGAGCUCAGGAAGAACAAGAGAGACGAGCACCUGCUGAAGCGCAGGAACGUGCCGCACGAGGAUGUCUGUGACGACUCUGACGCAGAUGCUGAUUCAAAAACUCAAAACACUUCUCUUGAAGCAAUAGUGCAGAAUGCGACCAGUGAUAACCAGGGCAUUCAGCUCAGCGCCGUCCAGGCUGCCAGGAAGCUGCUGUCGAGUGACCGCAACCCUCCUAUAGAUGACCUGAUCAAGUCUGGGAUUCUGCCCAUCCUGGUGCACUGUCUGGAUCGAGAUGACAACCCUUCUCUCAACUUAGCAGACCCAAGCCGUGGUGCAGUCGACUGGGAAGCAAGGUCCAUAAAGACAUGGUUGGAUGAGUUUGGUGUGGAAGAACUUCACUGGCUGCACAGUCCUGACUCCAACUCCAUCAAACACAUUUCGGAUGAACUAGAAUGGAGAUUGAGAACCAGGCCUUCUUGUCCAACAUUAGUGCCUGACCUCACAAAUGCUCUACUGGAUGAAUGGGCAAAAAUCCCCACAGAAGCACUCCAAAAUCUUGUGGAAAGGCUGGAAAGGUGGAAGCUGUUAUAG